AUGUUUUCAUUUCUGAAGAAAAAAAAAGUAAGAAAGCCCGAUAGCAAUCUGCAACAACAGCAGCAGCAACAACAACCACAACAACAACAACAUCAAAUUCCCAUAAUUAAUGAAAACAAAGAAAAUUUAUUAACUCGAACUGUCAAACAACAGUAUCAUCGUGAUAAUGAAUCAGGUGGUUUCGAUUACUCAUCAUCUAUCGUUUCACCCCAAUCGAUAUCAAAAAAAUCUUCCUGCUCGCCUUGUACAUCAUCACCUAUCAUACAUGACAAAAAUCUUUCAACAUUUCGUGCAAAUGCAGAUCAAACAUCGAAAAUUCAUAUUGAUGUUAGUCAUAAUUCAUCAGAUAAGCUUCUACUUAUAUGCAAUUCAAGCGAAUCAAGUCCACAUUAUUUAACAGAUACAGUUUUGUCUAGUUUACCAGCACACAAAAGCUGCCAUGCUAGUACUACGUUGGGUACAACGUCACCAAGUCAAAUAGGUGCAAGUGAUUUGAAUCGAGUAUUGACAUCCGGAUAUAUAAAUGGUGAAGAAAAUAUGGGUUACAUGAGACGAGCUGGUGAUCACAUCGCCUCACACACGAAAUCGCCGCACUUUCAUCGACCAAUGGGCUUUUCUUACAAUCGAACACAAGCAUUUAGCGUACCGGGAACUAAGAAAGGCAUGAAAGCUUUAGUGACGGGUCAAACUAGAAUUCGUAAAAUACAUUGUUCAGUACCUCACACAGUUCCUCCUAUUUCAUCGCCAUCGAUAACUUCCACGCCGAAAACCGCUAUGCACGAUCCAACGGCCUCUCCAUCUCACCAUUCGGGACCAACGGUCGAAGAAGAACCCAUCGUCCUAUCACGUUACUCAGGUGGGUUCAUCCCUGAUCCAUUAGCACCAAAGAAAAUUGAAUCACUCGAUUGGCCGGCCCCGAUUGCUCUUCAAGCUGUGCCAGAAUUAAUGAAGCCCCAUCGUAGUCGAAGUGAAUCUCGCACCGAAUCCCGUUCGAACCGUUCUCAUCAUCAUAGUCACACCAAUCAUGGUACAGCACUUUCAUUAUCUCCGUCUUCUCCGCCUCCUCAAUUGUCGGUCACUUCCAAUGAUCAUGAUCAACAGCCGACUACAGACGAUAUUACAAUAACCAGUGGAAACUUCGACGACGGCGAUGACGACUCGAUCGCCGAUGGUGAAAUUCGUCAUGACGUUCAGUUAGAAAAAGACAUUGAUACGAUGGCCAAAUUAAAAGACACAUCGGGUAUGGCACACGCCCUACUCGAAGACUUACGUGUUCAAGAGAAACUCAUUUCGAGACAAUUACCACUUGAUCCGUGGAAAGCUUCUCGUUCUCCAUCGGCAGCUGUUGAACCACCACGACGUUGCCGUUUCGAAUCGCCGAAAUUUGCAUCACCAUCUCGACGUGUACAUACACAUUCGUCAUCGACAACUAAUGCAGAUGAUAGUCUUGCCGGUUUAUCAACAUCAUUAUCAACGACACCAGCCGGUGGUAAACGUGUCACACUACCCAGAUAUCAACAACAAGUUCUUCGGCCUGGUUACGGAUUAACACCAUCGCCUAAAGCGCAAACCUUGCCAACGUGUCGAGACAUACAAAGAAGUUGUGAUUUAGACUCGACCGACCUCGGAACAACCAAUUCAUACUAUUCAAAUGAUGGAGAUCAAAAUAAAUCAAGCAAGACAGUCGAUGUGGGUGGUAGCAGUGAUCAAAGGUAUAUCGAUUCACAGCACGCUCAUUCGACCCAUUCGGCACCGAUAUUGAUCAGUAAUCCAAAAUUGUAUCCUUACGAAGAAUUAAAGAUAAUGUCGAAGAAACGUUUACCGUCCGAUGUCGAUCGAGAUCGUCUAGAGCGUCACCUGUCUGAUAAUGAAUUUCAUAGGUUAUUCCAAAUGACACGAUCGGAUUUCUAUCGUUUACCCGAAUGGCGGCGGAUUGAUCUGAAAAAGCGCGUCAAACUCUUUUGA